UCUUCCUCAACCCAAUUACCCCAACAGCUCACGACGGAACCCUCGAAUCUCCAAUUUUUUCAAUCUUCGAAAACCCCUAAUAUUUCAUAACUUCGAAAUCUCAAUUCAUUGACUAAAAACCUUAAUUGAAUCGUAAUGGCAUCACAGAAGAAGGAAUCGGAGGGAAUCGCUCUACUGUCUAUUUACGGCGACGACGAAGAUGAAGACAUGGAAGAACUUGAAGAAGAACAAAGGGAAGAAGAUGCACAAGAAUACAGACCUGAAUCACAAAACUUAGCCAUUACAAUGGGCACAGAUUUCCAAGAUGACAGCAAUAAAGUUUUCGGGUCUGAUUCAGGUCGGAGUUCGACUCCUUCACCCCUAAUUCAACAACUUCAGCAACAACAGUCUGUUGAAAAUUUCACACCUAAUAAGGUUUCGAAUUUUGGUGUUGGUUCUACCACUACGACGCCAUUAGUGUCCGUUUCUUCCCCAAAUCCUCAGCCAAUGGAGAUGAAUUUGAAUGUGAAUGUGAGUAGACGAGCAAGGCUUACUAUUGUUGAUUAUGCUCAUGAUGAAGUUACCAUGUCACCGGAGCCUGAGGAAGGAGAAGUAAUGGCCAGUGGAAGAGUCAUGUACGGAGCGGAACUUCAAACUGUUAGUGUUGAAUUUAUGGAAAAGGCUUCACCAGCUCUUCAGGUUAGAACACCUAGUACUCAAACCCCUCCUCAGUCAGCUGAACCAACUGAUCAAAUGGAUGAUACUAUGGACUUCGCUGUUAAUGAAGGACAUGGAGUAGCUGAAGAAUCUGUUAUAGUUCCUGCAGAAGAAAAAAAAGAGUUAGAUCUGUUGGAGAAAUUUCUUCCUCCUCCACCAAAGGAGAAGUGCUCAGAUGAAUUGCAAGAGAAGAUCAUGAAAUUCCUUGCUCUAAAGAAGACUACUGGCAGAAGCUUUAAUGCAGAAGUACGCAACAGAAAGGAGUAUCGGAAUCCAGACUUCUUGCUGCAUUCAGUGACUUAUCAAGAUAUUGACCAGAUAGGAUCUUGCUUCAGUAAAGAUGUAUUCGAUCCGCAUGGAUAUGACAAAAGUGACUUCUAUGAUGAAAUAGAGGCUGACUCAAAGCGUGAAAUGGACAGAAGGGAGCAAGAACGGAGGAGGAGUCCAAAAGUUGACUUCAUAUCCGGAGGAACACAGCCUGCACCAAUGGUUCCUACACCAAAAAUCAACCUGUCGAUUCCAGGGAUGGCUCCUGUUGCUGCUGGUGCAUUACCGCCCACUGUAGAUGUUGUAACUAGGGAUGGUAGACAGAACAAAAAGUCAAAAUGGGACAAGGUGGAUGGUGAUCGGAGAGACCCUGUUUCUGCUGUUGGUGCACAUGCAGCACUUCUAUCAGCUGCUAAUGCUGGUGCUGGUUACACUGCAUUUGCGCAACAAAGACGCCGGGAGGCAGAGGAGAAGCGACCUAGUGACAAGAAGUUGGAUAGAAGAUCUUGACAAUCUAAUUUGACAUGCUGACUCCUGAAAACUAUUGCAGCCUCUAAAAGACAUUAUGGACUUGUGUAUAGAUGAGCUUUCUGUAUUUUGUCCAACCCUUUCCAACACAUCCAGUCCUGCACAAGUGUUGGCAAAAACAAAGCAGCUACCUUAGAGCAACAGUGCCUCAUUUAGAGAGACAAAUUACCGUCAACUCUGAAUAUUCCCAUCUACUGUAAAUUAUAUAUACCCAGUUUUUAUUUAGUAUUGAAGUCGAUUACAGGUUUUAAAGUUAAA